AUGGCGGGCAAUACUCAGAACGCGGCUACAACAAUAUCGAGUUUCGAUUCCACAUCGACAAUCCCACUUUUCCUCAACGGGGCGCAAAUCACGACCCCACGCAGUUUCGACGUCGUGUCGCCUAUUGAUGGUCGAGUCUUGUACAAAUGUUCUUCGGCAUCUGAAGAAGAUGCAGCCGCCGCAGUGGCUGGUGCACAAAAUGCUUUCAUCAGCUGGUCAAAGACAAAGCCUGCAUACCGGCGCGAUAUAUUUCUUCGUGCUGCACAGAUUUUUGAAGAGAGAAAGAAGGAGCUUGCGUCGUACAGCCAUGCUGAAACGGGUGCCCUUGAGAUGAUGGUCGCCCACGAAUGUAACAUCGCGAUAGAAGCUUGUAUGAGCAUAGCUGGUCUUAUACAGGCAGUUCAAGGCUCCAUCCCAUCAUCACAGAUGGAUGGAACUACCGCUCUCAUUCUUCGAGAGCCCUACGGGGUGGUGCUGGGUAUUGCGCCAUGGAAUGCGCCAUAUACACUUGGGACGCGAGCUUGCAUCAGCGCUCUGGCAAUGGGAAACACAGUUAUCUUGAAAGGACCGGAACUAGCACCAGCCACUUACUGGGCUAUUGCAGAUGUGCUGCACUCUGCCGGUCUCCCUGCAGGAUGCCUAAACACUAUUUACCAUCGCUCCGAAGACGCGGCUUCUGUCACCACGGCCCUUAUAUCUCAUCCCUUGGUGAAAAAGAUCAAUUUCACAGGGUCGACAAAGGUCGGGGCUAUUAUUGCAUCCCUCGCUGGGAAGCAUCUGAAGCCGGUGCUACUGGAACUAGGUGGUAAAGCUCCAGCAAUUAUUUGUGAGCAUGCCGACAUUGACAAUGCGGCAUCCCACUGCGUGAUGGGCGCGUUUGUCCAUGGCGGCCAAGUUUGCAUGUCAACCGAGCGGAUCAUAGUGCAUGCAAAUGUCGCUGUCCAGUUCAAAGAGAAGCUAAAGGCUGCUAUUGAUAACCGAUUUGCUGGCAAGGCCACAUUAAUCAAUAACGCUUCAGUGCGCAAAAAUGAACUUCUCGUCAAGGACGCCCUUGAGAAGGGUGCUACCACGGUGUACGGCGACGCCAAUGCAAUCGAUAAUAGCUGUACAACUCUUAGUCCGAUUGUUCUCAGCGACAUUCAAAAGGGAAUGGACAUCUACUACAAUGAAAGCUUUGGACCCACGGUUUCUCUUUUCACAGUGGAGUCUGAGGAAGAGGCGCUGGAGCUUGCAAACGAUACAGAGUAUGGGCUCACGUCGGCCAUUUUUACGGAAGAUCUUCGACAGGCUAUUCGCCUAGCUAGAGGUCUUGAGACGGGCGCAGUGCAUAUAAACUCCAUGACUAUUCAUGAUGAGGCUGGUCUUCCACAUGGAGGAGCAAAGAAAAGCGGCUACGGAAGAUUCAACACCUUGAAUGGCUUGGAAGAGUGGGUGAGAACAAAGUCUGUGACUUGGAAGGAUUGA